GCGCAAGUCUACUAGUACAUCCCUGUUGCAGUCAAUGAAUGUACAGGGAUGCUGUAAAUGUACCAAUUUUCCGAACGUUAGUACGGCCGCCGAGAUGGAAAUCCUCACGAAUUCUCCUUUUAAUUGAUAUCAAAUCAAGUGAUAGUGAUGUGUACAUAUCCUAAUCGUGUACUGUGAUCUUUCAAAUUAACAAUAAUUAGCGCAAACGGAUACUUAAAGUAUAUAUAUUCCACUAUCGAUUUUUACGAUUCUUAUUUUCACAAAUAUUUUCGACUCCAUCUCGGCGGUGUAAUCCAUAUCAGAAGUCUUCCAAAUUUUUUAAAUAGUCCACAGUCUUCCCAAUGAAUAAAUUUUGUGAAUAAGCUAACUUAGAGUUCCAAAAUGUCUUCGCGCUUCGGUAGUAUGCGUAUACCACCAGUUAGUGCAGCCAUAAAUGUGGCAUGGCAGACUUUAAGGCAACAAAUGCCGGAAAAAUCGCCAACUCCUGCCCAACCGAACGAGAGAGUGCGUUUUGCACAAGUUAAUCACACCAGCACGUCGGAACAUCACGAGCUUAGCAAUAUAUCAACAAAUCAGUGGUCGCCGAGCGAAAAAUCACCAACGGAGAACACGUUCAAUCAGGGUUAUCAGUCGGGGGGUGAUGAGCCCAAGAAGCGGCAGUCUUUCUCAUCUUUAGAUAUUUCCGAAGACGACUUCGUGGAAGGUAAAAGUGACGUUAAGAUUAAUGAGUACCAAGCGGCCUGGAACGUCACCAAUGCGAUUCAGGGUAUGUUCAUCGUGUCGCUUCCCUUUGCCGUAUUGAGGGGAGGUUAUUGGGCCAUUGCAGCAAUGAUUGGAGUGGCCUACAUAUGCUGUUAUACUGGAAAAAUAUUGGUGGAGUGUUUGUACGAGUUUGACGUACAAACUGGUAAACAAAUUAGAGUUCGAGACUCAUAUGUAUCAAUUGCAAAGGAGUGCUUUGGGAAGAAGUACGGUGCAAAAGUGGUAAACGCGGCUCAAAUUAUAGAACUCCUGAUGACGUGCAUUCUUUACGUUGUGGUAUGCGGUGAUCUUAUGAUCGGCAGUUUUCCAAAUGGUGCGAUUGACACAAGAUCCUGGAUGAUGCUUAUUGGCAUUGUCUUGCUUCCUUUAGGGUUUCUAAAGUCACUCAAAAGCGUGAGUCUUUUGUCAUUCUGGUGUACAAUGUCGCACAUCCUCAUAAACGCGAUCAUAAUUGGCUAUUGCAUAUUGGAAAUAAGCGAUUGGGGCUGGAGUAUGGUGAGAUGGUCAGUCGACAUGGAAAAUUUUCCCAUUUGCCUUGGAGUAAUCGUAUUUUCCUACACCUCACAAAUAUUUUUACCUACUCUGGAGGGUAACAUGGAGGAUCCGUCGAAAUUUCAGUGGAUGCUGGAUUGGUCGCAUAUUUGGGCAGCUAUAUUUAAGUCGCUGUUUGGCUACAUUUGCUUUCUUACAUUUCAAAAUGACACCCAACAGGUGAUCACGAAUAAUUUGCAUUCGGCAGGAUUUAAAGGUUUUGUUAAUUUAUGUCUGGUAGUUAAAGCGCUUUUAAGCUACCCUCUUCCGUAUUACGCGGCUUGCGAACUUUUAGAACGCAUUUUAUUUAAAGGCCGCCCUAAAACCCCAUUCCCGACUAUCUGGGCGCUUGAUGGCGAGUUAAAGGUAUGGGGCUUGGCUUGGCGCGUUGGUGUUAUAGUUUUUACUAUACUAAUGGCUUGUUUCAUUCCGCAUUUUUCUAUUUUAAUGGGAUUUAUUGGUAGCUUUACGGGUACGAUGCUGAGUUUCAUUUGGCCCUGCUACUUUCAUUUGAAAUUAAAAAGAAACGGAAUGGAUUCACAAACUGUUAUAUUCGAUUAUUUCAUUAUAUGCCUCGGUGUACUUUUUGGUGUCAUUGGUAUGUACGAUUCGGGAAGCGCCUUGAUAAAGGCGUUCGAAAUUGGGCUGCCAUUUUAAAUGCUUCAAAUUAAACAGUUCCUUGUGAGUAAUUACAAAUAUAUGUGGUUCAAAUUUUAAUCGACCUUAUAUCAGUCGACAGUUAUAUGACUAUAAUGCUAAAGCAGUUGAUAAGUGGAAGAUGGGUCUCCAAUUAUGUCAUGAAUGUGCGUAACUCAAUUUAAAUUUUAAAGUAAACGAACGCAAAUGCGACAUUAAAAGAAUCUUCCCUGAAGAUAGCAUAUUUUUAUCUCAUUUAUCUAUUUAAUUAAUGUACAACUUUAAGGCUACAAUAUGUACAAAAAGUGAUUCAAAAAUAUUGUCUAAGUAGACGAUUUUACUAGGUAAAUGUUAUAACGAAGUCUUCCAUUAACAUUAAUGCCUUUGAACAAUUUUCCAAAACGUGUGGUCGUAAAAAUUAUGUCAAUAGCGGUGUCUUCCUUUAAAAGAAUCCUGUAAGUUUGUAAAUAUUAAUUUACUUAGAAUCGUAGACAUAUUAGGGACUAAUAACAAUAAAUUAAGUGGAGUUAAAAAGUCAAUAUCGAUUAUUAAGAUAAAAAAAUUGAUGUCUUCCAAUCUGCAUUGGCAGUAUGUGUAUAGAUUAUACGUGUAACCUUUUGUCUUCCAUAAAAAAUGUACCCAAAGCAGUGUAAUAUUAAAUGUAGUUGUGGAUAUUUAAAUGUAAAUGCUGUAUUGUUGUAUAUUACCUACACUGAUUAAGUAUAUCGUCAAGGUGCUUCAAUUAAGCAAUGUAUUGUUAGUCCUUGUUAAUCACUGUUAACAAAGAUUGGAUGCAGAGAUGCUUUCACUAGCCAGUAACACUUACCUAGCGGUAGGUACACAUAAGUCAUAUCACGUGGAACAUGCGUAGGGACACGAAUUGUAGAAAUCUCUGCCUCCAAUUGCGUCAUAACUUUAUUUAUUGCUGAUCAAUAGUAAAAAUAAAAGAGUUAAUGAA